AGACAAUGUAAGACACAUCAGCUGUGUACUGGGUGGUGGAUUUUAUACUUUGACCAGCAGCCUCUCCUUUGGACAGCUGUUUGACCUAAUUAGUACUGACACUCGCGGAGUACGGUACUUUGACUAAAAGUGUUUUAGUACUACGGUAGUUUUUAUCAAGUGACAACGGUACACAACCUGAGUUAGAUAAAGAGAUGAUCUUUUUGGUCUCUUCUUUUGUGAUGUGCUAAAGGAUUAGUAGAUAAGACACAGUUUAGGGAUGAUAAACAUUUAGAGGUGUAAAAUUGUUGUCUUUGUGACUGAGUUUGGUAUGUACUAUAAUUAACUAUGGGGGAUAUGGUUCAGAUAUCCAUACAGAGCUCUCUGCAGGGUUCUGUGCAGUAUAAACAACUGGAAGAACUUGAAGAAGAACUUUCGAAUGAUAAAACUGUCACAAAUAACAAAAAGGAGUGGAAGAAGUCACGGAUUAUUGAGAAGUGUGUGUACGUGUUGGCGGUGAUCACCAUUAUAUUUCUGACACAUGCCACAGUGUACGCCCAGUGGUUGUUACCCUACUAUUAUGCUGUUAGUACCCCCCUAUUGAUCCUGAUUAGGGUCGUCAUGUACUGCAAGAACAAAUGGCAGUAUUUUCUUCUGGACUUCUGUUACUAUGCCAACAUUUUGUGGUACAUUUUCAUCUGGAUCCCGGGGAGUGGGGAGAUGUUUGCGGUCGUCUUCGCCCUGUCGAAUGGACCGCUGAUUUGGGCCAUGGUGGUGUACAGGAACUCUCUAGUAUUCCACAGUACGGACAAAGUUACCUCAGCCUACAUACACAUCCUGCCGGCUCUGCUAUCAUUUGGGAUUCGGUGGUAUAGAGAGGAAGUCUCCCAGUACUGGUUCCAGGAGUUUGUCCCUGAAAUGCCGGAGAUGUCUCCGGUCUGGUUACUGCUGGUGCCCUUUGCCUGCUUCUUCAUUCACAGUGGAAUAUAUUUUCUGGUUAUACAUAUCGUGGCUAAGCCUAGUGAGGAGUAUGUCACGAGUUUUAAUUACCUGGGAAAGAAGCAGGAGAGCUGCCUAUAUAAAACAUUCAAUAUCUGUGGCGACAGGUGCCGCCCCUUCAUGUUUUACUUCUUUAACUGGUUGUUUUGUAUAGUCAGUCUCGCUGGCGUCUUCGUCUGGUAUAACUUUUACGUGGCCCACUGUAUAUUUCUUGGUGUCAUGUCCGCUGUGCUGAUCAUGAAUGGGGGGAAUUAUUACAUCGAUGUGUUCAGUAAACGAGGAUUUGUGGAGGGCGAAUGUGAAUAAAAGUAUUACUUACUUUUGGUACCAUUGUUAUUAUAUACCAGGGUAAUUUGUGAAUGUAUCGUUAGUGAAUUUUUUGUAGUAUAUGUACAUAAAAAACAAAUGUCAUCUUUCAUACCAUUAUUUAUUUAUUAAAGCAUCAUCAUUAUUCAUCAUCAAUCUUUAAUGAUAUUCAGUUACCUUGAUAUAUCAUGUUACGAAGGUUAUUCCUUAUAAAUCUCUGUGAGAUUACACCGGGUACUAAUUGAUGUAUUUUUCACAGAUUAUUUUGCCAUAUUGUUACUUGUUAAACACUUUGCUGCUCCCUGCAUUUGUAUUUUUGGUUGUUUUGUAAUUAACAUAUAUGUAAAGAUACAAUUUUUUAUCUUAAGUUGGUUGAUGACUUUCAAGCUUUGUAAGAUACUUUACUUUUUGUUGUUGAUUUUAGUAAAGUAAACCAUGCUUUGUAAUGAACUCACUUUAAUAACAAAUCCCUGCUUACAGCAAAGUUAUUUUUAUUCCCUAAGGUUUUAAAACAUAUUGUGAAAUACCGGAUAUAAUAAACAACUUUUUACUGUUGUACUGUAACUUUAACUUCUUUGUCGAGAUCAGGGUAGAAAUCAUAUGAUUUUGGAAUAAUUACAUUAUUGCCUGUAAUUAUAAAUAUGUUAUUUUAGCUGUCUGUAGACUAGUUGGUCUUUUAAUUAAAACUUGUACCUCUAAAUAUCUUGAAGUUUCUAAGUCAAUAAAACAGUGCAAUACAUUUUCAUAUUAACAAAAACUGAGAUUUUUAAUUUAUUUACUUUAAUGUUUUUUACAAAGUUCUCACAGACAGUAUUAGAUUGUAAUGUACUGUACAGUUUACAUUGUAAUUAUUGUUUUUAGCCUUUACCACAGCUAGGUCUGUGAAUGAUUUGCAUUCCAAAGAGUAACAUUUUAAUUUAUUGAGUCACGCUUGCCAAAUAUUAUAAAUGACUUCCCAGUUUUACUUUUUAGGUCACCUGAGUAAACUCAGGUGACCUAAUGCUAUCCGUUUUCAUCCGUCGUCGUGCGUUAACUUUUGAACAUUUUCAGCUUCUUCUCUGCAACCACUGAACCAAUUUCAACCAAAUUUGGCAUAAAGCAUCUAUGGGUGAAGGGGAACAAAAAUUGUGAAUUUCAUGAUCCCUGCUCCCCUGGGGCCUGAGGGAUGGGGCCAAAACCACUAAAAUGAAUGCAAUCUUUAAAAAUCUUCUUCUUUACUCCUGGACAUCAAGCAGGCAAACUGUUUGCAUGAUUGUAAUCAGCAAGGGUGUCUCUACCAAAAUUGUGAAAUUUAUGGCCCUGGGGUCAGGGGUUCUGGUGUUAGGGCGGGGCUAAAUAAGUAUAUAGUGAAAAUGCAUUAUUUCUUUGAUAAUCUUCUUCUCUGCUCCUGGGUAUGAAAUAAACCA